AUGCUUGCCGCCCGCGCCGGGCGGCAGUCGACACUAAGAAGCCCUCUCAAUGCCUCUACUCUCAUGAGAGAUCAGAUCGGUCUAGCACAAACCCGCGCUUUCAGCAAGACGACGAAGCUCCCCGCGCCGACCAAGAUCAAAUCGACCAGCCCCGUCACGAUCCGCCGUCGAGCAUGGCAGUUCUUCCUGCCCAAGCAUGUCAACGCACGUUUCUUAUCUGGAAAGCCACUGCCCCAGCGUAAAUCGCGAGUUUUGAACUUCACCUAUCGAGCUUUCGCGUGGAUCGGCAGUUCCUUCGUCUUCAUCGGCAUCGGCGUGGUCGGCUUCUUCCUUUACGACGCCAGCACAUACAUUGAGCAUCCGGUCUCCGGAGACAUUGAUGUCUCUCCCUUAGCCCUAAACCCCCCACGAGGUGGACCCAAGAACCUUCCUAUAUGCGAGGUCAUGAUAGACGAUGACGAUUGUGCGGAGCAGAAGAAACAGAAGGAUAAGCCGAAGCUGGUUAUUCUUGGAGGCGGAUGGGGAGGAGUUGCUCUGCUGAAGGAGCUCAACCCCGACGACUAUCAUGUUACCGUGAUUUCCCCUGCGAACUACUUCCUCUUCACACCCAUGCUUCCCUCCGCGACAGUUGGCACCCUCGAGCUAAAGUCGCUAGUCGAACCAAUCCGGCGCAUUCUACAACGAGUCAAGGGCCACUUCAUCCGCGCCAAGGCGGAGGAUGUUGACUUUUCGAAUCGUCUGGUCGAAGUUUCCCAGCUCGAUGCACUGGGAAAGGAAGUCAGGUUCUACGUACCGUAUGAUAAGCUCGUCAUUGCCGUCGGCUCUGUUACAAACCCACAUGGAGUUAAGGGGCUUGAAAACUGCUUCUUCUUGAAAGAUAUCAACGACGCCCGGAAGGUCCGCAACCAGGUUAUUCAGAAUCUAGAGUUGGCUUGUUUGCCUACCACGACCGAUGAAGAGAGAAAGCGACUGCUCUCAUUCGUGGUCAGUGGCGGAGGCCCAACAGGUGUUGAAUUUGCUGCUGAAUUGUUUGACUUGCUGAACGAAGACUUGACGAAGCAUUUCCCCAAACUUUUACGAAACGAAAUUUCUGUUCACUUAAUUCAGAGCCGUGGACACAUUCUUAACACAUAUGAUGAGGCCGUGUCCAAGUAUGCAGAGGAGCGCUUUGCCCGCGACCAAGUCGAGGUCCUCACCAACUCACGAGUAAAGGAAGUUAAGCCUGACCGGAUUGUAUUCACACAGACAGGAGAGGGUGGGCAGGUUGUCACAAAGGAGCUGCCGAUGGGCUUCUGCUUAUGGUCUACUGGUGUAUCGCAGACGGAGUUUUGCUCAGGCCUAUCAGCCAAGCUGGGACCUUCACAAACAAACCGACACGCGCUGGAAACCGAUACCCACCUUCGACUAAAUGGAACGCCCCUUGGUGAUGUCUAUGCGAUCGGAGAUUGUUCGACUGUCCAAAAUAAUGUUGCGGACCACAUCGUGCAUUUCCUCCGCACACUCGCUUGGAAGCACGGCAAGGAUCCUGAGACGCUGGAGCUACAUUUCGCAGACUGGCGCAACGUGGCACAAGAGGUGAAGAAGCGCUUCCCUCAAGCAGUUGGCCAUCUCAAGCGUCUAGAUAAGUUGUUUGCCGAAUUCGACAAGGAUCAGUCGGGCACCCUCGACUUCGGAGAGCUGAGAGAGCUCCUAAAGCAGAUUGAUAGCAAACUGACGUCACUACCUGCGACCGCACAACGUGCCCAUCAACAAGGCCAGUACCUCGCCCACAAGUUCAACAAGAUGGCACGUGCGGCACCCGGUCUCAAGGCGAACGAUAUCCGUGACGGCGACCUGGAUGCUGCUGUCUACAGGGCAUUCGAGUACAAGCACCUGGGCAGCUUGGCAUACAUCGGCAACUCUGCGGUCUUUGACCUCGGCGAGGGCUGGAGCGUGAGCGGUGGCCUGUGGGCUGUGUAUGCAUGGAGGAGCGUGUACUUUGCGCAGAGCGUAAGUUUCAGGACGAGAGUUCUCAUGAUGUUUGAUUGGGCCAAACGUGGACUUUUUGGAAGAGGUGAGACUGCCACUCUUGCUUCAAUCUAUACACAGUAUGCUAACAAUCACGCAGAUUUGAUGAGCUACUAA